AUGCGCCUCUCUCUCUCUAUCCUUGUCGGCCUGGCUGUGUCUGGGCAAUGUCAGAGCACUUUGAGCAUACCUUCAUCAUCAACAGUUUACAAGUUCACUCAGCCUGUUGACCACUUUGGUGCAAACAACAGCCAGUGGCAGCAGCAGUACCUUAUCAAUGCAACAUUCUACAGGCCAGGCGGCCCUGUAUAUAUGAUCACUCCCGGCGAAUCCACACUGGCAACAUACUACACCGAUCGCACGUUUGUCAACGAUCUGGCACGUGUGACUAAUGGGGUGGUUCUGGCAAUUGAGCACCGGUACUACGGGUCCUCGUACCCGAUGCCUGACCUUUCAGGCGCCAGCCUCAAGUAUAUGACACCCGAGAACGCUCUCGAGGAUUUUGCAUCGAUCCUGCGUCUGGUCAAGACCGACCCCAGCCGGAUCUUCCCGGUGCCGGUGAGCGCAAACUCGACGAUUAUCACAGCCGGAGGCUCGUACUCUGGGGCGAUCGCUGCAUGGAUGCGUGCAAAGUACCCGCAGCUGGUCAAAGGCGCCUGGGCAUCGUCGGCGCUGAUCAAGGCGCAGUACGAGCUCUACAGCUAC